AUGUCAUGGCCCGUGGUAGGGCGGUCAUACAUGAUCCAGCGGGUGCGGGCCAAGCUGUCCGUGCAGAGCCCUGAUCCCAGCACGCAGCGGGUGUGGAUAUCAGAGCAGUUCCAUAAGAUGUUGAAGCGUGAGACCAGUACACGGUUAGGCCAGGCCAUCAACAUUGCCGUGUACUGGGACAUUGCCAUUAGGAUCAGCUGGCAGUUCAUGCGGCCGUCCAGCGCGUUUGCCAGCAACAUGCAGGAGGAGCAGAAAUUGGCGGCGGCCGCAUUGAACGCGGACACAGAGAAUGGCAUAGAUAAGAAGCAGUGGAUAAGCUAUAUUACUAAUUUGCAGGCAGUUAUUGAUUGGCACCAGUUUUUAGGGUUCACAUCCGCCGCGGUGUUGGGGCCCGGGAUCAGCAAGCACAAGCAAUCCCCGUGGGAGGAUAAGGCCGAGAAGGACCGGACCAUGCAGCAGCACUGGUUAAAUAUUAUGGACAUGCGCACCGCGUUGCAGCGGAUAACCGGGUCCGAGAUAAUUCAGUUCCGCGGUAUACAGGCCCCUGCAUUGCGGGCAAUCCAGGAUGGUGAGAGCCCCGUGGUGGCAGUGAUGCCUACCGGGGGGGGCAAGAGUAUGUUGUUCAUAUUACCCGUAUUCGCGGAGCCCGGGGGCGUGAUAAUUAUAGUAAUCCCAUUGAUAUUAUUGCGUCAGGAUAUAAUCUGGCGGUGCCAGGCAUUGGGCAUAUUAUAUGUAUCGUGGAAGAGCUGUCGGCUGCUAGACAAGGCCACAAUUAUAUUGAUAGUGUUGUUGACCGCCACGUUGCCCCCCCGGUUGGAGACCCCAUUGUUCCGUUGGAUGGGUUACACCCGGGAGCAGGUAAGCAUGUUCCGGGCGUGGACCAGCCAUCCUAAUAUAGUAUAUCGGGUGUGGCAGCCUGUGGUCCCCUGUCCGGCGGCUGUGUGGUUUGAGACCGAAUCUGUGGUGGCAUUCAUCCGGGAGCGGAUCCAGCGGGCCAGCAGCGGAAAGGUAAUCAUAUAUAGCCAUGCAGUAAGCCAUAUCACGGGCAUUGCCCGGGUAUUGGAAUGUGAAGUGUAUUACAGCCAGCAGAUUAAUAAGCUAUCUAUAUUGCACUGGUUUACAUAG